GGUGGUUGAGAAAGAUAGGGUAUUAGCUUUCAAGUUAUUAUUAUUGCUUUUCAUUUUCUUUCUAAUCCCUUGGAUGGUUGCGAGAGAACUAAUCAUUUUAGGAACACGCAAAUUCAAGCGCCUAACUGAUUUGAAGUUUGAACAAGGAAGAACUCUCGACAAUUUUUGUGAGCAGAGAAGUCAGUUGCUCUCAUUUGUUGAUGAGCAAUUGAGUCUUAGAGAGUAGGCAGAAUUUAGAAAAUGGAAUUCAGUAACAUAGAGGAAUCAAAUGGGGUGAUCACAGAAGAGAAAGAGAAUGGAAAUGAAAUCAAUGAGAUUGAACAAAGCAAAGUGCGUCUCAUGAGAGCCUUUGUUGAAAGAGAAGAUCCCUCUGUCAAGGAAGUGGAUGAUUUGAUGAUCCGGAGAUUUCUGCGUGCUCGAGAACUAGACAUUGAGAAGGCAUCGACCUUAUUCCAAAAAUACCUAAGCUGGAGGCGAUCGUUUAUCCCUAAUGGCUUCAUAGCUCCAUCAGAGAUUCCAAAUGAACUUGCCCAAAACAAGUUUUUUAUGCAGGGUGCUGAUAAGCAGAACCGUCCCGUGGUGGUGGUUUUCGGCGCCAGACAUAAGCCUUACAAAGGAAGUUUCGAGGAGUUCAAGCGUUUUGUUGUCUACACUCUCGAGAGAAUAUGUGCCAUAAUGCCAGCUGGAGAGGAAAAGUUUGUGUCCAUUGCAGAUCUUAAAGGGUGGGGAUACUCCAAUAGUGAUAUACGUGGGUAUCUAGCAGCAUUAUCGAUAUUGCAGGAUUGCUACCCAGAGAGGUUAGGCAAAUUGUUCAUAGUUCAUGUGCCUUACAUUUUUAUGACUGCAUGGAAGGUUGUGUCCCCGUUUAUUGACAGAAAAACCAAAAACAAGAUAAUCUUUGUUGAGAACAAAAAACUGAAAUCCACUCUGCUUGAGGACAUUGAUGAGAGCCAGCUCCCAGAUGUUUACGGAGGCAAACUAUCUUUAGUUCCUAUCCAAGACGACUAACUAACUAGUUGAUUUAUUACUUGUAUUACUCGCUUAGUUUCGGUUCUCAGCUCUACAACUUGUAGGCAUUGAGGAGUAGACAAGAUAACCUAUUUCUUCUGUACAUUUGAGAAUUGGACACGAGAGCAAUGUUUAUCUGCGUUACUUUUAUGUUAUAUAAACUCUUUUCUUUUUCUUUU